AUGAAUAUAGAAUUCCAAGAAUCAGGACCUGGUGCAGAGUGCAUGGGCAUACUGUUUAUUGCUUCUUCAAAAUCCAGUUUGGAUUUUCCUCUAAGUAACCACAUCUUAGAACCAGGGACGCCAUCUGUCCUCGAGAACGCCAUCUGGCCCCAGGGACGCCAUCUGUCCUCGAGAACGCCAUCUGGCCCCAGGGACGCCAUCUGGCCCCCAGACGCCAUCUCUCCUCGAGAACGCCAUCUGGCCCCAGGGACGCCAUCUGGCCCCAGGGACGCCAUCUGGCCCCAGGGACGCCAUCUGGCCCAAGGGACGCCAUCUGGCCCGAGAGACGCCAUCUGGCCCCAGGGACGCCAUCUGGCCCCCAGGCACGCCAUCUUGCCCCAGGGACGCCAUCUGGCCCGAGAGACGCCAUCUGGCCCAAGGGACGCCAUCUGGCCCGAGAGACGCCAUCUGGCCCUAGGGACGCCAUCUGGCCCCCAGGCACGCCAUCUUGCCCCAGGGACGCCAUCUGGCCCGAGAGACGCCAUCUGGCCCAAGGGACGCCAUCUGGCCCGAGAGACGCCAUCUGGCCCCAGGGACACCAUCUGGCCACAGGGACGCCAUCUGGCCCGAGAGACGCCAUCUGGCCCCAGGGACACCAUCUGGCCACAGGGACGCCAGCUGGCCCCAAGGACGCCAUCUGGCCCCAGGGGACGCCAUCUGGCCCCUGGACGCCAUCUGUCCCCGAGAACGCCAUCUGGCCCGAGAGACGCCAUCUGGCCCAAGGGACGCCAUGUGGCCCGAGAGACGCAAUCUGGCCCCGGGGACGCCAUCGGGCCCCAGGGACGCCAUCUGGCCCCAGAGACGCCAUCUGGCCCCGUGGACGCCAUCUGGCCCGAGAGAUGCCAUCUGGCCCCAGGGACGGCAUCUAGCCGCAGGGACGGCAUCUGGCCGCAAGGACGCCAUCUGGCCCCAGGGACGCCAUCUGGCCCCAGGGACGCCAGCUGGCUUCAUGGACGCCAGCUGGCCCCAGGGAUGCCACCUGGCCCCAGGGACGCCAUCUGGCCCGAGAGACGCCAUCUGGCCUCAGGGACGCCCUCUGGCAGCAGGGACGCCAGCUGGCCCCAGGAACGCCAUCUGACCCCAGGGGACGCUAUCUGGCCCCCGGACGCCAUCUGUCCCCGAGAACGCCAUCUGGCCCCGGGGGACACCAUCUGGCCCCAGGGACACCAUCUGGCCCCAGGGACGCCAUCUGGCCCCAGGGACGCUAUCUGGCCCCAGGGACGCCAUCUGGCCCCAGGGACGCCAUCUGGCCCGAGAGACGCCAUCUGGCCCCAGGGACGCCAUCUGGCCGCAGGAACGCCAGCUGGCCCCAGGGACGCCAGCUGGCCCCAGGGACGCCAUCUGGCCCCAUGGACACCAUCUGGCCCCAGGGACGCUAUCUGGCCCGAGAGACGCCAUCUAGCCCCAAGGACACCAUCUGGCCACAGGGACGCCAGCUGGCCCCAAGGACGCCAUCUGGCCCCAGGGGACGCCAUCUGGCCCCCGGACGCCAUCUGUCCCCGAGAACGCCAUCUGGCCCCAGGGACGCCAUGUGGUCCGAGAGACGCCAUCUGGCCUCAGGGACGCCAUCUGGCCGCAGGGACGCCAGCUGGCUCCAGGGACGCCAUCUGGCCCCAGGGGACGCUAUCUGGCCCCCGGACGCCAUCUGUCCCCGAGAUCGCCAUCUGGCCCCGGGGACACCAUCUGGCCCCAGGGACACCAUCUGGCCCCAGGGAUGCCAUCUGGCCCGAGAGACGCCAUCUGGCCCCAGGGACGCCAUGUUGCCGCAAGAACGCCAGCUGGCCCCAGAGACGCCAGCUGGCCCCGGGGACGCCAUCUGGCCCGAGAGACGCCAUCUGGCCCCGGGGACGCCAUCUGGCCCCAGGGACGCCAUCUGGCCCCAAUGACGCCAGCUGGCCCCGGGGACGCCAGCUGGCCCCGGGGACGCCAGCUGGCCCCGGGGACGCCAGCUGGCCCAAGAAACGCCAUCUGGCCCGAGAGACGCCAUAUCUGGCCCCAGGGACGCCAUUUGGCCCCAGGGACGCCAUCUGGCCCCAGGGACGCCCUCUGGCCGGAGAGACGCCAUCUGACCCCAGGGACACCAUCUGGCCACAGGGACGCCAGCUGGUCCCAAGGACGCCAUCUGGCCUCAGGGGACGCCAUCUGGCCCCCGGACGCCAUCUGUCCCCGAGAACGCCAUCUGGCCCCAGAGACGCCAUGUGGCCCGAGAGAAGCCAUCUGGCCCCGGGGACGCCAUCGGGCCCCAGGGACGCCAACUGGCCCCAGAGACGCCAUCUGGCCCCGGGGACGCCAUCUGGCCCCGGGGACGCCAUCUGA